CUCGUCGCCAUCCUCCGGACCGGCACCGACGGCGCCAAGGAGCAGGCCGCGGUGGCUUUGGAGUACUUGGCUGUGAAAAACGACAACAAGGUCGCCAUCGUUAAGGCCGGCGCCCUGGACCCGCUCGUCGCCCUCCUCCGGACCGGCACCGACGGCGCCAAGGAGCACGCCGCGGUGGCUUUGGAGUACUUGGCUGUGAAAAACGACAACAAGGUCGCCAUCGUUAAGGCCGGCGCCCUGGACCCGCUCGUCGCCCUCCUCCGGACCGGCACCGACGGCGCCAAGGAGCACGCCGCGGGGGCUUUGACGAAUUUGGCUAUAAACGACAACAACGAGAUCGCCAUCGUUAAGGCCGGCGCCGCGGACCCGCUCGUCUCCCUCCUCCGGACGGGCACCGACGGCGCCAAGGAGCAGGCCGCGGGGGCUUUGUGGAACCUGGCUCUAAACGCCGACAACCAGAUCGCCAUCGCCAAGGCCGGCGCCGUGGACCCGCUCGUCGCCCUCCUGCGGACCGGCACCGGCGCGAUGAAGGAGCGCGCCGCGGGGGCUUUGAAGAACCUUACGCGCGGCGCC